UGUCUCUCAGCUGGGGAGUGACAGCAAAUUCCACUGGUUUUAAUGGUGUGGUUCUUUUAAGUUAAUUCACACAACACUUGCAACUUAUAUGCAUGGCUUUGUAUCUUAAAAAAAAAAAAAAAAAAAAAGGAUUUCACAGAACGAGAAAAAAAAGAAAAAAAUCAUGUCAUCCUCUGAUUGGCCACGUGCAGGCACGUAAAACCACACCAGGUUUCGUCGUGUCAGUCAGAGAAGUGAUUCUGCUACAGGUAGUGCUUCUCUCUCAAAUCCACCUUAUUUCUCCCUAUAUAGUGAAAUAGCUGCUCAACUUUUCCUGAGCUUUGCUACACAGCUUGAAGGCGUAAAAAGGCAUUAUACUAUACGGACCGCCUGGUGCAGAGAUAUUCACUGUACAGAGAGAGUCCACACAUUUCAGCACCCUGGACAGCGCGCGGCGCCGCAGUGGCGACGCGUGGAUUCAACCGGUGGCUUUCAAUCACAGCCAGCAGUGUAACUGAAUGUUACAUAAAAACUCUUUGUGGUGCACAUGUGGAAAACGCGUUUUGCUCUCUGGAUCACUUGGAUUAGUGUUUUUUUGUUGUUGUUGUUCUGUUUCUAACACAGAGCGUCUCCAUCGUGCUCCAUCGUGCUGGGUGGUAGGCGUGCCGCUGCUGGAAGCUGUGCUGAGUAUAGCGUGGUGGAAUAUAGGUGACUGACUGGUGGUGUGGUGGUGGUGGUGCCUAUAAGAGAUCCCUCCAUUUAUAAGGAUGCUGGUGGUGGGAAAUGCCUGGAGACAGAGAUGACGAGAUUUGUCAAAAGGCACUUGAACUAUUGUCAGAUCUUUGUUCGAAAGGGGAAGUGCAGAACGAGCACUGUCUGGAUUUUAUCUACUAUUUCAGAGACCUCGCCAGGCCACGCUACACGGAUUCAGAUAUAUCGGUGAGUCUGCUGUCACUGGUAGUGACCGCCUGUGGCUUGGCCCUGUUUGGGGUCUCUCUGUUUGUCUCCUGGAAGCUCUGCUGGAUACCAUGGAGGGAGCGUGGGCUCUCCCCCACCACCAAGGAGGCCCAUGGGCACCUCAACCCCACCAUGAGCCCUCCGCCCUCGCACUUCGCACCGCGGCAGCCAGUUUACACAGCCGUGGACCCCCCGCCUCACAACCGCCGUGAGUCAUCGCAUUGCCCCGUCGCCAGAGAGCCCACUCCUGUGGCGUCUGUGGUGUCAGUGGAUGUUCCGGUGACCCCCGUCUCCCCACCACCUGUGGUCCUGGCCACACCAGAGGCAGCUAUGAAGAUCAGCCACACAUCUCCAGACAUCCCACUGGACGCCCAGAUUAAAAGCCGGGAAAACGGGGUUCACACCAACCCUCGUAUGCAGAGACAGACCACUGAACCCCCACCCUCUGGCCACCUAAUAUCUGAAAUUGGACAGGGGACGAUUCGCAGGCAUAUGAACCUGUCUAACCCAGACUUUAACGUGGCCCAGUUCCAAAGGCAGGACUCCCUCACUGGGAUGGGGCUGGGCCUCGGUCGCCUCAAACCUGAGCUCUACAAACAGCGCUCCCUUGAGGGCGAUGAAGGCAGUCGCAGAGGAGAGGGCUGUGGGCGCCUCCACUUUAUCCUCAGAUUUGACUGCGACCAGGAACAGUUAAUAGUUAAGAUCCACAAAGCAGAGGACCUCCCAGCCAAGGACUUCUCCGGUACUUCUGACCCUUAUGUUAAGAUCUACCUGCUCCCUGAACGUAAGACCAAGCACCAGACCAAGGUGCACCGCAAGACGCUGAACCCUGUGUUUGAUGAGGUCUUCCUGUUUCCCGUGGCGUACUCUGAGCUUCCCACACGUAAGCUGCACUUCAGUGUCUAUGACUUCGACCGGUUUUCACGCCAUGACAUUAUUGGCCAAGUGGUUGUGGACAACUUCCUGGAUCUGGCAGAUUUCCCCAGGGAGACGAAACUCUGCCGGGACAUCCAGUACGUUUCCUCGGAUAAUGUGGACCUUGGGGAUCUGAUGUUUUCACUCUGCUACCUGCCCACUGCGGGCAGACUGACCAUUACCAUGAUAAAGGCCCGCAAUCUCAAGGCCAUGGAUAUCACUGGUGCAUCUGAUCCCUACGUGAAGGUUUCACUAAUGUGUGAUGGUCGCAGACUGAAGAAGAGGAAGACCUCGACAAAGAGGAACACUCUGAAUCCAGUCUAUAAUGAGGCCAUUGUCUUCGAUGUCCCUCCAGAAAAUAUAGAGCAGAUCAGCCUUAUGAUUGCAGUGAUGGACUAUGACCGUGUAGGACAUAAUGAGGUCAUCGGUGUGUGUCGAGUUGGCAACGAUGCAGACAGCCUCGGUCGAGACCACUGGAGUGAAAUGCUCACAUGUCCCCGAAAACCUGUCGCCCACUGGCAUCCUAUUGUUGAGUACCAGGGAACCACUAGUAGUAGCCAGGGAGGAUCCUGCAAUUCUCUGAAGACGCCUCCUUCUCCGUAGCCUUGAGCAACACUUCACAUAAGAGCACCUAUCAACCUGAAGCCUUGGCUGUACGUUUGGACAGUAGUGCUGCUGAGUGCUGCACACAUAUGGUCCUAACAAGAAGAAUGCAGACAUCGAUAAACUACUGUGGAAAAGAGAGACACAAACUGUCUUGAGCUCUGCUCAGUUGGAUCAGUUGCAUGUUGAAUGACCACAAAGAUGGAUGUUUUCUUUUCUAUAAUGUUCCAUAAGAAAAACAACAGGCGUAUGCAGACAUUUUAAGUCUGUGCUAUUCCUGGGUUUAUACAGUAGUUGCUGUUUUUUACAUAGUCUUGUUACUUGUUUUAAUGAGGUGAGUCUGUAUUUGCACAAUGUACUUACAACCAGUUGAACUGCCAUACUGUUAUUUAUUUUUAUUUGGUGGUGAAUUGGUGCAUGAGGUCAUGGUUUGGUGGGAUAUCUUCUCCUCGUUUGUUUGUUUCUAUUUUUGGGACUACGAUGUGUUGUUCUGUCAGUUGAUGUGCAGUGACGGUUGAUUUCUAGACAAAGUAUCUGUAAGGAAAAUAUGUUAAAUGUUAUCAAUAAAUAUUAUUCCAUUAAAAAAAAAAAGCAACCAUUGUUUAUCUCUGCCAGUUCAAUUACAAUUUAAUGGUGCAAUAAAUCUUUCUUCAUUUCAGGAAAUAUAAGAAAAAAACACUGUCUGACUUUAAUUCUACAUGAAACGAGAAAAUCUGUGAAACAAUAAAAUAUGAAAAUUUAAAAA